AUGGAUCCUGGCGGGUAUUUUCUGUGCGCUCCAGCGGACCCGUCCGGGACCAUUGAAAAGGUGCCGUUCGUCGACGGGGACCACAGAUGGGAUGGUGGGCAAUUCCUGCUCUUUGCCAAUCGAAACGCAUUGCUUGACCACGUCCCCAUUAAUCUUCGAGAGAUCGAUGACGGAACACCUUACGUCAAUGCGGUAGAUCGAAUCUCACCGUCCGAGAGGCAAUCAUUCUUCCAAACUUGGUUCUUCUUUGGCCUCCUUGCUGAGUUCUUCGCCCUCAAUGACCUGGACGAUCAAGCGCCUGGUGACGAUGUCAUGAAGAGAAGGAGCUCGCUACAGCAGCUGUACGACGAUUUCACGGUCGAGGAGGGUGCGAGAAAAUAUAUCACCAUCAGCAAACUAUUUGAACAAGGGAUCAUGCAUGGCUUGAUGUGCUCUCUAAGAGAUCAUUCAACGGGACAGGUUAGCAGGUUUACAUAUCUUUGGAAAUGUCUCAAAUUCACCUACCAUAUGGUCAACAUGUCGCUCAGCUACCUUGAGAAGCAAAAUUGGAUGUCCAUCAGCGCCGUAGGCGAGUUUAUGAGCACUGCAAUAGCGUACGCCGUACAAUCGGCGUUCUUAGUCAUACCGAAUCCACCAAUACUUACGUUUCCAUGGCCUCAACACCCGCAGUAUAUGGGCCGUGGCUCAGUUGAGAAUAGGAUGAAGGAUGCUGGCUGGUGUAAGAGCGACAUCGAUCGCAUUGGACUGACUUACCAACGGCUCAACACGCAGCAUUUCCUUAGCCAUCUCAAGAGGCGCGACCUUCGCUGGGACCAUUCAUCUUGCUCUAGACAAAGAUGCAAUGCAGCUCAUAUCGUGCCCCAAACAUACGAACUAUCUCAUGCGCAAGAUGGCUGCGGCUGCUCAGAAAUCAAGGUCAACCUGGCAAAAGUCCAGCAGAUUCUUAGAGAUACGUCUACCUUUCCUAUCUUGCGCGUUCACGUGGAUGCGGAUCUUAAGAGUGUAACCAUCGACGUGGAACCAUACACGGGCAGUAAAGUGUACGUUGCAAUGUCCCAUGUGUGGGCCGAUGGCCUUGGGAAUCCCUACGAGAACUCCCUGCAUCGGUGUCAGAUAUCCCGCUUGGCGAAACUUAUUCACAACCUCCAGGAAACGGUGGAAGCGAAGACUUCAGAAUCCUGCGAACCUUACUUACUAUGGAUUGACACCUUGUGCUGCCCAGCAGUAGAGCGACAGACGAAAGCUCUUGCAAUCGAAAGACUGCCUGCAGUAUACACGGAAGCAAAGCAUGUUCUUGUACUCGAUUCCUCUAUUUACUCAUUCUUCUCAGAAGGCCUCCAUCCCGCAGAAGUGUGUCUUAGGGCGUUGGCGUCUUCGAACUGGAUGCGAAGGCUCUGGACUUUACAAGAAGGGGCAUUGGCAAGAUCGCUCUACUUUCAAUUUGCAGACCACCCAAUUAGUAUUGUCGAUAAAUCUGCGGAGUUGUUUCAGAUUAGCAUGUCGGACCCUAGAUAUCGGGCAAUAUUCAUGGAUGUUUCAGCGGAACUUUACAAUCUCCACGGCUUCUUUAAGAAGCAUCUUGAUCAGUCAUACUGGAACGAACAGAUGUGGGGGCCCUCCACCGUGUUCGGGCUUUUAUGGAUCCUCCAACGUGCUCUCCACUUCCGCUCCGCCUCGGUUGAAAGUGACGAGCCGCUGUGUAUCGCAACUCUCCUGUCCCUGGACCUAGCAAGUAUUGCCACCGUUCAGGGUCUCGAAGCUCGGAUGGAGCAACUCUGGAAGCAGGUCGCGAGCAAGGGAAGCGGAGUCUCCGCCCGUAUUAUAUUCUAUGUCGACAACCCCAUUCACAAGAAGGGUUUCGGAUGGGCGCCCAAAAGCCUGCUGGGGUCGGAUACCUAUUCACCUCUGGACCUAAAUAAUCUGGCCGCUCGUUUCCUUCCCUCGGUAGUAAUGAAUGAGCCGGUCAAGCCAGAAGACCUGGGAUCUCUCUCGGACUAUGGCCUCCGAGUGAAGCUUCCCGGUCACGGUCUCAGUCUGAAUCUUUGGCGAGAAAACAGCCCUAUUUGGAUGUGGAAAGGGUUGCUCGACACCCCCAUCAUGAACGAGAGUGUUCUUUGCCGCCAUGAAACUACUGGACGCUGGUUCCGCGUGACCGAGUACCUCCGAUGGAAAGCAGUCCAGCAAUUGCCGGAUAAAGAACUGCCGCGUUUCGGUGAAGCUAGCCCUAAUCCACUCAUUGAGGAUCUCCGCGAAGGGAAAGUGUACCUAAUCAGAGACGUGAAAUCCUCGGCUCAGGGAGCCACUGUGUAUCUGAUGGCACAGGUACGGCAAGACAUCCCGAGUGACUCUGAUGACCGGAAGUCCAUGUACGUCUAUUCUCGCCGAACCGUCCUUCUUCACGAGGUUGACAGGACGUAUGCGCGCGGCUUAGAGGCAUUCCGAGAGAUUGCGGCCGAAGUUGCCCAACACGAGCUUACCGAGAAUUUGAUCCAAGCUCGUAAGACGGAAAGCAUUGAAAGCGAUAUCUACCAAACCGCGUUAGCCAAAGUUGUGUUGCAGGUUAUUAAGCCCUUGUUUACAAAGGCUUUUAAUACGGAUUCUAGAGUAUCUGAGUUUUUCAGCGCCAACUUGGGAAUGACUUCUGCCCCGAAUAACUGGGUGGUGGUUCCCUCCCUGCUUCCUUUCGAGGCAGUCCUUUCUGAUAUGCCCGAGAACCAAUCGUGGGUUGUGGACAGGGAGAUUUGA